AGCUUACAUACUAGCCUCAAACAACGCAUACAGAGCCGUUUUUAUUGUAAUUUUGUAUCGUGUGGGCUCAACAACCUCUCGAGCUGGUUUGCACCCUUCUGUCUGUUUGGAUUGACUGGAAGAGCAAGCAUAUAUUAUAGCUGUAACCUGCAGGCAGGUAAGAACAUGCGGCUACAUAAAAGCAGGGCUUGUCAUCUGUGCUGAUCAACUCGCUUCACGUCCCAUCCAUUGCACAAUACUAUUGUUCCAGUGAAGGGAAAGAAGAUAAUAUCAUUCGGAAUUUUUGGGACAGAUCAGAGAAAAAGAGGAUAAUUUGCAGCCUUGAAUCAAAUGUUGGAUCUUACACAGCACCAUGGAAUUUGCAUUCUGAUGGGAGAGCAAAGCGGAGAGGUUUCAUAUGGAAUAAAUAAAGCUCAAGCUACAAAGAGAUAGUUGUUGAACAGAGGAGUACUCCUCCCUGAUAAAGCCUGAUAAUGAGAAACCUCAAGAGAUCAGGGAAUCCCAGUCUGUGGUGUCUGCUAAGGCUUGGAGCACCACAGUGACCCCUAGACGAAGCCCUAAACAAGAUGAGCAAACUGAACUUCCAGAACAACAGAGUCAUGCAGGACCGACGGAGCGUUUGUAUCUUCCUACCAAACGAUGAUACUUUGAAUAUCAUUAUAAACGUGAAAGCACUUUGUCAGGAGUUACUGGAGCAAAUCUGUGACCUCCUGCAUUUGAAAGACUGUCAUCUCUUUGGCCUGAGCGUAAUACAAAACAAUGAGCAUGUUUAUAUGGAGCUUUCACAGAAGCUUUAUAAGUACUGCCCUAAGGAGUGGAAGAAAGAAGCUAGCAAAGGUAUUGACCAGUUUGGCCCACCUAUGAUUAUUCAUUUUCGAGUCCAAUAUUAUGUUGAAAAUGGUAGAUUAAUAAGUGACAGAACAGCAAGAUAUUACUAUUACUGCCACCUGAGAAAACAAGUGCUACAUUCCCAGUGCACGCAGAGAGAAGAAGCCUACUUCCUACUGGCCGCCUUUGCACUUCAGGCGGAUCUCGGCAACUUCAAAAGGAACAAGCACUACAGAAAAUAUUUUGACCCAGAAGCCUACUUCCCUCCUUGGGUGAUAAAGAAGAGAGGGAAGGACUACAUCUUAAAGUACAUUCCAAACAUUCAUCGUGACCAAUUUUCAAUGACCGUGUCAGAAGCACACCUUAUGUAUAUUAAAGAGGCAGCCAGGCUUGAUGAUGUUGCUGUGCAUUACUACAAAUUGUAUAAGGAUAAAAGAGAAAUUGAAGCGUCAUUGAUGCUUGGGCUCACAUUAAGAGGAAUCCAAAUUUUUCAGAGUUCAGGUGAUGAGAAGCAAUUGCUGUAUGACUUCCCUUGGACAAAUGUGGGAAAACUAAUAUUUGUGGGGAAGAAAUUUGAAAUUUUACCAGAUGGCUUACCCUCAGCCAGAAAGUUGAUCUACUACACUGGCUGCUCUGUCCGCUCUCGGCAUCUCCUUCAGCUGCUUAGCAAUAGUCACCGCCUCUAUAUGAACCUUCAACCUGUUCUGCGCCAAGUCCGGAAGCUAGAAGAACAUGAAGAAAAGAAACAGUACAGGGAAUCAUACAUCAGUGACACUCUGGACCAGGACAUGGAUCAGUUAGAGAAGCGUUCUCGUGCCAGUGGCAGCAGUGCGGGCAGUGUCAAGCACAAGCGUCUCUCCAGGAAUUCCACAACAAGCCACAGCAGCUCACAUACCUCAGGGAUAGAGGCUGAUACCAAGCACAGGGACAUUGGGACAGAGGAUAGCUUCUCGCUUCACAGAAAGCUGAAAACCUGCAGCUCAAUGAUGAGCAACAGCAGCUCCCGCACUUCUGGGGCUGAGAGUGCUGGGAAGGACAGGCUGGAAGAUGACUCUCAAGAUGAUGAAAUAGAGAUGUUGGUUGAUGAUCCAAAAGAUCUUGACUUACCCUUGAAUAUCAGCCCUGACUUGUGUAUUUACAUCACAGAAGACAUGCUGGUUUCCCAACAACUUAAUGGACAUUCAGGUCUGGUUGUUAAAGAAGUAAAUUCAUCAACUUCUAGUUCCUCAGAAACUGUAGUGAAGCUGCGUGGCCAAAGCAUUGACUCUUUACCACAGACGGCUUGCAGAAAACCAAAGACUUCCACAGACCGGCACAGUUUAAGUCUGGAUGACAUACGUUUAUACCAAAAGGACUUUUUACAAAUUGCUGCCCUCAAUCAGGAAACAGCCCAGAGCUUUACAUUUGGCUGCGGUCACAACCUGCAUGAGAGAGGCCUUUACUGCAAUGGCUGUCUUUCUCAACAAUGCACCAACAUUAAAGAACCUCUUGCAGCCAAGAAAGCAAGUCAAUAUUUUUCUUUGGAUCUCGCCCACGACAACUUCCCAGAAUUUGUAGUGUAACCCAGAAUUUUUAUAUUCAGGCCUGGCUGCCUGCUUUGCCAAACAACAUAGAGGAAGACCAAUAUGACUCUAAGAACGUUUCAGUUUGAUGGAAAUAAUCAAACUUGUAUAGACCUAUUUCCAGUAACAGAAACGAUGUGCGUUUUACAUUUUUUGAAAAGCCAAGGUACCAUAUUUGUUCUGACUUUUGCAUCCAGGAUAUUUUUUAUCUUUUACACAUCAAGAACACAUGUCGGAAUUCCGUGCCAUUGGAAAGCCAAAGCUAAGAAAAACUCUUGCCAGUCAGGAAGAAUGGAAUUAACAGUGGUUUAAAAUGUGUUACACAUAGGAAAAAUGAACAUUGUUUUUUUUUGUAAUCCCAAUGCAGAUGGAUGUAUCAUGAAUAAUGCAAGACCUGUAGUGUUAUAAACAGCAAUAAUGCCACGUUAAUAUUCUCUUGAAGAAAUUGUGUAUUAUGUGAAACCUGAGGAUGUAUAAUGCCCAUUUACUGGAAGCCGAUUUCCUUUUCUGAAGCUUCUUGUCCAGCACUCAUUCUAUUUAAUUUAAGCAUACAGCAGCUCGAAGCUUUGAAGACACUCUAAACAUUUUUGGAAUUACUUUGGUGUCAUGAUUUGAAAAGGUAAAUGAUCACCAAAAUAUUAGUGUUUAUUUUACAUACAUAUUCAUUCUACAGUGCACUCUUGAACGGACUUUAUACCAUGAUUUUAGUGAAUAGGACUUGAGCUAAACAUACAUUUUUAUUUUUUAAAGGGGACCUGUCACCCGAAAAAAUUAUUACAAAUCCUAUUUUAUCACAUUAGUCAAGAAAAAUAAACUUUAAUUACACUAUAUAAAU